AUGACAUCCAAAGGAGAGAGAGACAGCAAAAAGCCAAAAGAAAAUAACAAACGCAAGCGAGACGAUAGCUCUAAGAACUCUGGUGAUACCCAUAGCUCGACCAAACGAGUGAUUCUCCAUGAUGCGCAGCUUCUCGCUCCUGGUGAAAAUAAGUCCGUCAACAGGCCGCGCAACGUGGCUGCGAGCCUCGUGAACGAUAAGAAAAAACCACACCCAAACCUACAGGAGAAAGCCAAAGCACUCUUCGAGGUGCGGAAGCAACUGCCCAUAUUUGCGCACGCGGAGGAGAUUCGCCAGCACCUCCGACGGACAGAUGUUAUGCUUCUUAUCGGCGAAACCGGCAGCGGGAAGAGUACCCAGGUGCCGCAGUUUCUGGUCGAUGAGGAAUGGUGUCGUGCGAAGACGGCAAAAGUGACUGGUCUUGCGCCGGCGCCGUUGUCGUCGUCGUCGUCCACUUCGCAUGGGAAGAAGACCCGCGCCAAGAUAGAAGUUGGCGGCUGCAUUGCCAUCACGCAGCCGAGACGUGUGGCCGCAGUGUCGUUAGCGAGGCGGGUUGCAGAGGAGAUGGGGACGCCGUUGGGCAACUCGUCGCCGGCGAGUAAGGUUGGGUACUCGGUUCGAUUUGAUACGUCGACGUCGCCGAGCACGCGCGUGAAGUUUUUAACCGAUGGGAUGCUACUCCAGGAGAUGCUGAGUGACCCUUGGUUGACGAAGUAUAGUGCGGUCGUGGUGGAUGAGGUUCACGAGCGAGGGGUUAAUGUGGAUCUCUUGUUGGGUUUCUUGAGACAGCUGGUUUCUGGGCUGAAGGAAGGGAGAGGCGGAGUACCAUUGAAGGUGGUGGUAAUGAGUGCUACGGCUGAUAUGGAGAGCUUACUUGCCUUCUUCAAGGAGGGAUUCGAUAGGUGUGCGGCGCCUGGCCGGACCGUUGAUACUCCUCUAGAGGCAGCGAAGAGUAUGUCUGGUUCGGGGGAGGCAGACGGGAAUGAGACGCCUCGCGCGGAACCCGCUGUCUGCCAUAUCAAAGGCCGGAUGUUUCCUGUCACAACAAUAUAUUCGCCAGAACCGGUACCGGACUUCGUUGAUGCCGCGCUGAAAACAAUAUUCCAGAUACAUUAUAAGGAGGCCCUUCCUGGUGAUAUUCUGGUCUUUCUUACUGGCCAAGAAACCGUCGAAUCUCUUGAGAAUAUGAUCAAUGACUACGCUCAUGGCAUGGAUCCUUCGCUGCCAAAAGUUCUAGUGGCCCCAUUAUUUGCGGCAUUGCCCCAAGCCGCUCAGCAGCGUGUCUUUCUCCCAGCACCGCCAAGAACACGCAAGGUCAUCUUGGCUACAAAUAUUGCUGAGACAUCAGUGACUGUUCCUGGGGUCCGUUAUGUUGUCGACUGUGGAAAGGCGAAGAUGAAGCAGUUCCGGGCGCGCCUAGGCCUCGACUCGCUUCUCGUAAAGCCCAUUUCUAAAUCAGCGGCAAUUCAGAGAAAAGGCCGUGCGGGUCGUGAAGCCCCUGGCCAAUGCUACCGGCUAUACACAGAGAAGGACUAUCUGGUGUUACAAGAAACCAAUACUCCAGAAAUCUUGCGAUGCGAUUUGACUCAUGCAAUACUGACCAUGAAGGCACGGGGCGUAGACGACAUCCUGGGCUUCCCGUUUCUCACACCUCCUCCUCGAGAAGCCAUUGAGAAGGCUCUGCUGCAAUUGUUCAACCUUCAGGCAUUAGAGGAAACGGGGAAAGUCAGCCCCGUAGGAAGGCAAAUUGCGAAACUUCCCCUGACAGCACCUCUCGGGCGUGUCCUCCUCGCCGCAGCAGAUCACGGCCGGAGCUGUUUGCAGGAUGUCAUUGACAUUAUUUCUAGUUUGAGCGUUGAGAACGUUUUCCUUAGCACGGCGUCCGAGGAAAAGAAGGAAGAGGCAGAGAAGGCUAGACGGGACCUUUACCGGAGAGAAGGGGACCAUUUGACGAUGCUAGCCACAGUGCGCGCAUAUGCGGCGGAAAAUUCAGACCGCAAGGCCUGGGCAGAGAGGCAUAUGGUUUCGCAUCGAGCCAUGCAGUCCGUGAUGGAUGUCCGCAAGCAACUGAUUGCUCAAUGCAAGCAAGCCAAACUCAUUGACGCUCCGAAACAAGCGAACGGGGAAAGGCAAAAUACGCUCGCAACCCCCAACGCGGCGGAAAACUACGAUUCGGUCGGCAUAUUGAGAAGUUUUCUGGCGGGCUUUGCAUGCAACACGGCCCGGCUGUUCCCAGACGGCAGCUACAAGACGAUCGUCGGCCACCAAACGGUGGCGAUCCACCCGUCCAGCGUGCUCUUCGGGCGCAAGGUCGAGGCGAUCAUGUACAACGAGUAUGUGUUUACGAACCGCAGCUAUGCGCGAGGGGUCAGCGCGGUGCAGAUGAGCUGGGUGGGCGAGAUGCUAGCCGGCGCUCCUUAG